UUUUCUCCUGCUCUCUCUUCCGCAGUUCACUGCCUUGAGUCCUUUGAUGCAGCCGAAGUCUCUACUCUUCCUUCCUUCUCUCUUUUCUUGUACCUUUUACACAUAACAUAACUUUAUUGAGACAUAUUUUUCCGAGUUAUCCUAUAACAUCAUGCCUCCUGUAGCUCCCUCUGAGAGCCCCAAAGGAAAGAAGGAGAAAAAGGAGAAGAAGACUAAGAACAACAUUUCAACUGAAGAGGCAUCCAUUGGUAAGGAGAGCACGAAAAGUUCUAAGCUUACAAGAAAUAUGAAGGUGUCUGAUUCUGACCAAGAUGGGUUUUCGGACAAGAAGGCGAAGAAGAAGGAGACCAAGAAGCGUAAAUCUUCGGAUAUUGAUGGGGUUGGAGAGAAGAGCGAGAGUAGCUCGGAGUUAGUUGAGCCUCAAAGUUCGAGGGCGAAGAGUCAGGAGAAGAGAAACAAUAACAAAAAGCCGAAAUUCGAGGAACCUGACAUGGGGGAGGAGGAGGUCGAGAAGAAGAAGGAUCCCAAUGCAAUUUCGAACUUUCGGAUAUCGAAGCCCUUGCGGGCGAAGUUGAAGGAGAAAGGGAUUGAAUCUCUAUUUCCCAUUCAGGCCAUGACCUUUGAUACCAUUCUCGAUGGUUCUGAUUUGGUCGGUCGGGCGCGCACUGGUCAGGGUAAAACACUGGCUUUUGUGUUGCCCAUAUUAGAGUCUUUAACCAAUGGUUCGGCUAAGGCAUCCAGAAAGACUGGCUAUGGGAGGUCUCCAAGCGUUCUUGUGCUCUUGCCCACUAGAGAAUUGGCCUCUCAGGUGUUCUCUGACUUUGAAGUCUAUGGUGAGGCGUUGGGUUUGAUUUCCUGCUGUUUGUAUGGUGGAGCUCCAUAUCAAGCUCAAGAAAUUAAGCUCAAGCGAGGUGUCGAUAUUGCUGUUGGAACACCAGGCCGCAUAAAGGAUCAUAUAGAGAGACAAAAUAUUGACCUAACUCAACUAAGGUUCCGUGUCCUUGAUGAGGUAGAUGAGAUGCUGAGGAUGGGUUUUGUUGAAGAUGUUGAAUUCAUUCUGGGUAAGGUUAAAGAUGUUAGUAAAGUUCAGACACUUCUAUUCAGUGCUACUUUGCCAGACUGGGUUAAGCAUAUUUCCUCGAAGUUUCUGAAACCAGAUAAGAAAACUGUUGACCUCGUUGGGAAUGAGAAAAUGAAGGCUAGCACCAAUGUUAGGCAUAUUGUUCUUCCAUGUACGAGUUCUGCCAGGUCCCAGCUUAUCCCAGACAUUAUUCGCUGCCAUAGCAGUGGAGGCCGGACAAUCAUAUUUACUGAGACAAAGGAGUCAGCUUCUGAGCUUGCAGGGCUUUUGCCUGGAGCUCGAGCUCUACAUGGGGACAUACAACAAGCACAACGUGAGGUCACAUUGUCUGGCUUUAGGUCUGGAAAAUUCAUGACAUUAGUGGCCACAAAUGUAGCAGCUCGGGGAUUGGAUAUUAAUGAUGUUCAGUUAAUUAUUCAGUGUGAACCUCCACGUGAUGUAGAAGCCUAUAUUCAUCGUUCUGGCCGCACAGGACGAGCAGGCAAUACUGGAGUCGCAGUUAUGCUUUAUGAUCCAAGAAGGUCAAAUAUAUCUAAAAUAGAAAGAGAAUCAGGCGUGAAAUUUGAGCACAUAUCAGCUCCUCAGCCUGUUGACAUUGCGAAAGCUGUUGGUGGUGAUGCUGCUGAAAUGAUAAACCAAGUGUCCGACAGUGUAAUUCCUGCAUUCAAGUCUGCUGCUGCGGAACUUUUGAACAACUCUGGUUUAACAGCCGUUGAAUUACUUGCAAAAGCUCUUGCCAUGGCUGUUGGUUGUACCGAGAUAAAGAAAAGAUCACUUCUUACUUCCAUGGAGAAUUAUGUCACAUUACUUCUUGAGAUUGGAAGACCCAUCUUCACACCAUCUUUUGCAUAUGGAAUCCUCAGGAGAUUUCUGCCUGAGGAGAAGGUUGAGGCAGUGAAGGGUCUUACUCUAACUGCAGAUGGAAAUGGCUCCGUCUUUGACGUGCCAGCUGAAGAUUUAGAUAUAUAUCUUGCUGGUCAGGAAAAUGCUGCUAAUAUAAGCUUAGAAGUAUUAGAAGAAUUGCCACGUUUGCAAGAAAGAGACCAGUCAAGAGGGGGCAGAUUUGGUGGUGGUGGUCGUGGCGGGUUUGGUAAUAAUAGAAGUAGUGGCCGUGGAAACAAGUUUUCCGGUGGAAGAGGAGGUGGCAAGAAUGGUGGUUUCUCAAAUCAGAGGAGUGAUCGGUUUUCCGGUGGUUCUUAUGGUGGGAGAGGCCGUGGCGGCAAUAGAGGGGGGAAGAGAUGGUAAAGAAGAUAUGGAGCUGAGGUAGUCAAAGAUGACUAAUUUUUUUUCUUUUUUUCCGGCCAACGAUGACUAAAAUGCUUAUAGCAGUAAUUUUUUUCAACAUAAAAAUGAAAAAUAUUUACUUAGUUCUCUUCGUAACUCAUAGGAUAUCAUUUUUGUUCACUCUUCGCUAGAAAGAAAGCGUGAGGUUAGGUUUUUGUCUGUAAAGCUGAGCUCAUAUCUGGGUAAGAGGACUACUUUUCACCUUAUGAUAAUUGUAAUGACAUUGUUUUGAUUGAAAUGCCAAGUCUACAGAAAAUAA